AUGUUAUCGUUAAGAUCAGUAGCCACAAUAGCGGCAGUAUUAGCCAGCACAGGGGCACAAGCAGCCUACAGCUUAGAUUCCACAGAUGCCAUCAAACAAUCAGCAAAAACGCUUGCGGCCGAUCUCCUUACCUACUAUCAUGGCGAAGAGCUGGGCCAGACCCCCGGAAUCCUGCCCGGACCCCCGCCGGCCGGACCAUACUACUGGUGGGAAGCAGGAGCAAUGUGGGGGACGCUGAUAGAGUACUGGCACCUGACCGGAGACGACUCGCACAACGACGUCGUCACGAAGGCCAUGCAGUUCCAGACUGGUCCCCAUGCCGAUUACAUGCCGCCCAAUGUGACACAAUCGCUGGGAAACGAUGAUCAGGGCUUCUGGGGCAUGUCUGCGAUGCUGGCAGCGGAGGUCAACUUUCCAAAUCCGCCAGCCGACAAACCACAGUGGCUGGCCCUGGCACAAGCCGUAUUCAACACGCAGGCUGCUCCAGGACGCCACGACGCGACGUGCGGCGGCGGCCUGCGGUGGCAGAUCCCGUUUGCCAACAACGGCUACGACUACAAGAACAGCAUCGCGAACGGCUGCUUCUUCAAUCUGGGUGCACGCCUGGCACGAUACACUGGGAACAAGACGUAUGCCGACUGGGCCGAGGGGACGUUUGAAUGGAUCCGAAAUAUCGGCCUGAUGAGCGACGAGUACCAAAUCUACGACGGAGCCCACGUGGGGACGAACUGCACCGACCUCAACAAGGCCGAGUUCUCGUACAACAGCGCCGUGUGGCUCCUGGGAGCCGCCUAUAUGUGGAACCGUACCGAAGAGCCCCGAUGGCAGGAACACGUCGAAGGCCUGCUCAACCACACAAUCAACUUCUUCUUCCCCGGCGGUGUGGCGUACGAGAUGGCCUGCGAGAGCAAGAUGACUUGCACGACGGACAUGCUGAGCUACAAGGGCUACCUGCAUCGCUGGCUGGCGACGACCGGACAGCUGGCGCCGUUUGUCCACGACCGCAUCUCAGCAACGCUGCGCACGUCGGCACAGGCAGCCGUGGCCCAGUGCACGGGUGGCGACAAUGGCCGGACGUGCGGCUUUCAGUGGUCAUCAGGCGCCUUUGACGGCAGCGUCGGUGUCGGCCAGACGAUGAACGUGCUGGCAGCCGUGUCGGCACUGCUGAUCGACGAAGCCGCCGCGCCCGUCACCAACGGCACCGGCGGCACCAGCGAGGGAAAGGCUGAUGCCGGCAGCAACAGCGACGAUAACCCGACGGUGUUUGCGCCCAUCACCAAGGCCGACCGCGCCGGUGCGGCUAUUGCCACCAUCGUCGUCGUCGUCGCCAUCAUAAGCACGUUUGUCUUUAUGAGCUAUGGCGGCCCGGCUGGGUCCUGA